GUGAGGGAAACAAGAUCGCUCGGACUGCGGACGCGUUAGCGCCUUCUCGGGUUGUGCCUUUUGCAAUAACUUUUGUAUUUCCAUGUUCGAAUAGAUAUUCUCAUUUUUAUCUUCCGAAUUACUGGAUAUUUAUUUAUUCUAACAGUUUAUCGUGGUUCACUGAAUUUCGGACAUUGCUAAAGAUUUCAACGGUGGGUUACAUAAUCCUAUAAAAAUGUUGGACAAUCUGUUGGGAUGGCUUUUUCCUCUGUACAAUAAUUAUGAUCCGAGAACCAACGAGUGGUUUUUGAUAUCGGGAAUAGGUCCGAUCACGAUUAUAACGAUGGCGUACCUUUACAUUUGUACUUCGGCGGGUAAAAGAUAUAUGAAAGACAAGCAGCCUUACGAUUUGCGCAACAUUCUGAUUGGCUACAACUUUAUUCAAGUUCUAAUCAGCAUUUAUUUAUUCAAAGAGGCUUUGAUGGCAGGCUGGUUGUACGAUUUCAGCUACAAGUGUCAGCCAACUGAUUACUCAGAGAGUUCAACAGCAAUGCGAAUUUCCAGAGCUUAUCAUGUAUACUUCCUCAGCAAGUUGUCCGAACUUCUAGACACCGUAUUCUUUGUACUUCGGAAAAAGGAGCGACAAAUAUCUUUCCUCCACCUCUAUCAUCACACUUUAAUGCUAUGGACAACUUGGAUUGGAGUUCGUUAUUUCUCUGGAGUGAUACAUCUGACAUUUACGGGGCUGCUAAACAGCUUUGUUCAUAUAAUUAUGUACAGCUAUUAUAUGCUGACGGCCUUCGGGCCGGAAAUGCAAAAAUUCCUGGUCUGGAAAAAGUAUGUGACAAUUCUGCAAAUAGUGCAAUUCGGUGUUAUCACCUUACACACCGCACAGCUAUUUUUCAUUGAAUGUGACGUACCAAAGACACUGGCUAUACUUGCUUUGUUGAAUAGUAGCCUAUUCCUUUACCUCUUCUCAUCUUUUUACAUUCAGAAUUACCGCAAGGGUGACGCCAAUGGUGUAAAAAACUCAAGUUUAUCAACAAAUAGUCACACCAGUGGAAAAUCUAGAUAAAAAAUAUUUUAAAAAAAUAUCAUAUCGACGAGUCAUUUAGAGAGAUUAAUUUGAAGGACAAAAACCAAAUCUAUUCAGAAGAGCAUCGAUUCUACAGAAACCAGUUACUAGGACUGAUGUUAUAAAUAAAAUUGUAUUGUACGUGUAUGUAUAAUUCGUUAUUUAAUAAAUUAUAAUAGGUUCAAUUAUCAAACAGUCCUAAAACUGUUUUUGUACAAUCGGUAUUGUAGUCCAUUCUACUUUGUCGGGCUGGAAUAUUCGGGACAAUUUCUCUGAAGAGUCGAAGCAGCUGAGUAUUCCUGCCGGAAUUUGGUUCUAUGGAAAAGUUGCGUGCAGAAUCGAUCCUCACAUUCAUCAAUAUGAUGUAAAAAUGGAUUCUGUGGGGUCAGUUUAACGUUAGGUUAUAUUCUGUAGAGAUACAAUUUGUAGAAUGGCAAGUUUGUCGGAAUUGAACUUGUAGGAUUAACUCCCUCUCAAUCUAACCCUAAAAACUUUAAGCAUGCAAAAGAUUCGCA